GUGAAGAGGAAGUGUGUUUCAAAGAUUAUAAAUGGAAUCUGAAGACAUGUAAGAAUGUAACAGCUGAUGACUCUUGCCAAAUGAAGACAAUUCAAUUUGAGCUUGAAACAUGCAAAUACACAAUGAAUGUCAACUUUCCCCCAGUCAAACCGUUCAUAUACUUCAAUGAAACUAUCCCCUCUCAGUUUAAAUGGACCAAUAUAGCAGGAAACUGUUCCAGCAGGAAAUGUUAGUGGUCUCUUGCAGUGUUGAUGGCAAUAAUAAACAAUAUAAGUUAAAUGAGGAUGUGUUUUUAGAGCCCACCAAAAUACAUAAUUGCAUUGGAAAAUACUCUUACAAGGGUGAUGUCAUAGAAAGCUAUAAUCUCCCAAUUCAAAUUGAUUGCGAUUGGACAAAUAAAACUGAGUUUAAAAAAGUAACCCACAACAGCAUUGGAAUGUCAUGGACGUGGUCCCCAGGAGGCAAAUGCUCAGGCAUAAAAUGGCAAAAUAUUUCAGGCAUUUGUAAAAGUGUUGAAAAAAAUGUGAAAAAGUCAGAGUCAGUGUCAAAAUGUGAUUACAGUAAUACUAUUGUAACCUGCACUUCUGAUGGAUUACAUGCAUAUACCAAAUAUCAAUGCAACAUUACAGCCAAUACCAACAUUAAAAACUACACGAUUUCCACCUCAAAUCAAACAAAGACACAGUCAUUCAAGCCCAGUUUUGGCUCAUCUAUGACAGUACAACUACGAUCUCACAAUUCUUUUAGUGUUACAUGCAUGAACUUGUCAAACGAUGCAUGGAAUGGAGAUAAGGGAAACUAUACAGUCGAACUUAUAAACAAUGGAAAAAUUGACCAAAAGCUGAUUAGUAAUACCAGCUGUUCAUUUAUAUUUGAAGAUCUUUAUUACAACACCCAUUAUACUAUUAAGGUUACAGCCAAGAAUGGGAAUGGAAAUGAAUCCUCCAUUGUAAAUUCCAAAUCCACUAGAUACAAUGACAAGGCCGUCAUCGGAAUACUGGCUUUCCUCGUUGUUGUGACAUCAGUUGCACUCCUUUUUGUGUUGUACAAACUUUUCAUGCUCAAACGGAAAAGGCAAGCUGAAGAUGAAAAUAUUCCUCUUACUCAACACCUGCUCAGUGUUGAGCCCAUCACUGGAGACUGUUUAUUGGACACUUACAAGAAGAAGAUCGUUGAUGAAGGACGUCUGUUUCUGGCUGAAUUUCAGAGCAUCCCUCGAAUUUUCAACAAUUACACCAUCAAAGAGGCAAAGAAAAUGAAAAACCAGUCCAAGAACCGCUACGUUGACAUUCUGCCUUAUGACUAUAAUCUAGUUACACUCUCAACUGGAGGCGAUGAUGACUACAUCAAUGCCAGCUUUAUUGAGGGAUAUAAAGAGCCAAAGAAAUACAUUGCUGCCCAAGGACCCAAAGAUGAGACCAUCGAUGAUUUCUGGCGAAUGAUCUGGGAGCAAAAGUCAUCCAUCAUCGUCAUGGUUACCCGUUGUGAGGAAGGAAAUAAGAGCAAGUGUGCUCAGUACUGGCCAUCUUUGGACAGAGAGACUGAGAUUUUUGACGAUUUUGUAGUGAAAAUCAGAUCAGAGGACCACUGCCCCGAUUACAUCAUUCGUCAUCUGGUCCUAACCAAUAAGAGAGAGAAAGCUGCAGAAAGAGAAGUCACCCACAUUCAAUUCAUCAGUUGGCCUGACCAUGGUGUCCCUGGAGAUCCUAGCCUGCUUCUGAAGCUUAGGAGAAGAGUCAACUCCUUCAAGAACUUCUUCAGCGGCCCAGUCGUGAUCCACUGCAGCGCAGGGGUUGGACGUACAGGAACGUAUAUUAGCAUUGACGCCAUGAUUGAAAGUCUUGAGGAGGAGGGUAAAGUGGACAUCUAUGGAUUUGUAGCAAAACUACGUCGCCAGCGUUGCCUCAUGGUUCAAGUGGAGGCCCAGUACACACUUAUCCACACCGCUCUGAUAGAGCACUACCAGUUUGGAGAGACAGAGAUCUUUCUCUCUGAAUUUCAUUUGAAGCUCAACACCCUCAGACAGAAAGAUGGAAAUGACACCAGCUUGCUUGAAUUGGAGUUCCAGAAACUUCCCAAGUUUAAAAACUGGAGAACAUUUAACACAGCAAUCAUUGAGGACAACAAGAAGAAAAACCGCUACUCAUCUAUUGUCCCAUAUGACUUCAACCGUGUCCUGUUUAGACUGGACAUAGAGAGCAACCACACAAGUGAUCCUGAGGAUGAGGAUUAUUCGUCAGAUGAGGAAGAAGAAGAAUCCAACGAAUACAUCAAUGCCUCAUUCAUUGACGGAUACUGGUGUAAUAAGAGUCUCAUUGCAGCACAGGGGCCUCUACCAAACACAACAGCAGAGUUCCUGUUAAUGCUUUAUCAACAAAAAACUAAAACAUUGGUCAUGCUCACUGAUUGCAAAGAGGAUAACCAGGAUUAUUGCUCUCAGUAUUGGGGAGAUGAUAAGAAAGUGUUUGGGGAGAUGGAAAUCGAGGUGAAAAAGACAGAAAGUUUCCCAACAUUUGUCAGACGGCGCUUGGAAAUACAAUCCACAAAGAAGAACGAGAUCCUGGAGGUGGAUCAGUAUCAGUUCUUAAAGUGGAGAAACAGUGAAGUACCAGAGAACCCUCAGGAGUUGAUAGAGAUGAUAAGGAUCAUCAGAGAGUACAGUGGCUAUGACAACAGCAAAAUCAAACGGAAUAUCCCUGUUGUUGUGCACUGCAACAAUGGAUCGUCGCGUUCUGGAAUCUUUUGUGCCUUAUGGAAUCUUAUGGACAGUGCAUCCACAGAGAAGUUGGUGGACGUCUUCCAGGCUGUCAAAAAUGUACGCAGGGAGAGGAAGGGAAUGAUUGAAACAAUAGAGCAGUAUCAGUUCCUCUAUACGGCUCUAGAAGGAGCCUUCCCAGUGCAGAACGGCAGCACAAAGACACCAGCUUCAACUAACAGCGUUCAAAUUGUCAACGAAACCACAGCGCUUCUCUCACAACCAGCCAGCAAUACCAGCGCUGACCAGAAGGUGGCAGAAACCAGCCAGACCAAAGAGAGCAAUGAGCACACUGCUGCUACAGAAAAUACAACUGCUUCACCUUCACCAGCAGGGGGAGCCAGUGAGAUCAGCAGCUCAUCUGAAAAAGCCUCUACAGUGGGCAACACCAAUGGGCCUUCUGUUACUGUAGAUGUUUGAGCAUUGUGACCUGUUAUCAGGGUGGCCUUUAAUUCUGAGGGGGCACACCACACAUGUAUGAUGUGUUAGUGUAGUGGUGUAGCUUUUGUUAUGUGUGCUAGGUGACCCUGGUUCGAAUCUCGACCUAAGACUAUAGAUUUUCUGUUUAGAUAUACCAAGCAAAACUGCAGCUGAACUGGACAGAAGGUUCUUUGUAUGUAAAAGUGCAGCUGUGAGAUUUCAAUAAUAAUUUCACUGGACAAAAGUCAUACAAGUUUGGUGUAACAUGAUGGUGGGUUGAUAGCAGGUGUCUUAAAAGAAGGAUAACUUGUCAAUUAAAUAGCUAUCAAUCUUAUCUAGAAAAGUACAUUUGAUCUCUUGUUUUACAUUUACACUUUACUGUAUAUUUUGGUAUAGCGAGGACUUGAGGUAGGAUCAGUCAGGCUUGUGCUGAUUCAGUCUCAGGUUUUGAAUUUCUGUAUAAUAAUGCUGUUUGUGUGAAAUCUGUCCAUAUUGAUAUUUUUUUAUUCAUUUGUAAAGGAUUUGCUGUGCUUUAGGAUUUGAUUUGUUUAGGCUAUGAAAUUGCAUUUUUGAAUGUAUUGUAAAAUAAGACCUUCCAAAAAAUAUUUUCUCUAUUUUUGUUUGAAAACUGUAUCAAAGCGCAAUCUCGUUUGUUGUUGAAUCUAAAUUAUGGCGUCUAAAACGCUGGAUGGAAAUGUUUGAUGGGAGUGUGUGCUUUUAUGUUUGAGUGCCAAAAAAAUAAGAGCAAAGAUAACUUUGCACUACAUUGCUGUCCUCAAACCAUCUUUCAUUUCACUAUAUUUUUCCUGAGUGUUCAAAGCUAAGUAUAAUUUUUUCCUUUAAAGCAGAUGUUCAAUGUAACUUAACAAAAAGAAUAAAGGAU